ACUAUUCCAUUAAGGUUUACAAACUGGACCACAACUGAAGAGAGUGAAACCUUGAUGUAAUCUGAGCUUUGGGGGUUUCUCCAACAGGACUGCCCAUUUCCUCCAACACGAUGACAAAGUGCCGACUGUUCAUCUCCAGAAGAAAUUAGGUGAAAGGUGUCUGACGCCGCUGACUCUGCUGUGCGGGUUUGAAUCAUCUGGCUGCAGAGAGAGGACACACAAUGUUGGCUCUGGUGGUCUUYUUGCUUUGUGCAGCCUCCACGGUGUCCGCAUCUACCAAAGGUGUUGCUGCAGGACCCCGACUGAACAACAACCAGCUGUACAAAUUCAGUUACACCACAGACGUCCUGUUGGCCAAGGCCCGAGGGUCCAGAGAGGGCGGCGCCGGCUACAGAAUCUCAACUGAUGUGAAUGUUAACCUAGUGUGGAGAGAUCCGGGCAACAAGGAUGACCAGCUGAUUCAACUAGUGAUCUCAAAUGCGAGGAUUGAGUCUGUGCCUCCGAGAUYACAGAAGAAGAACGUCCUCCAUGGGACCACAACAGAAAGCAUCUUGGGGAAAACCAACCUGGCAGCUCUGACAAAGCCCUUCCUGGUGCAUCUGAAAAAAGGAAAGACGAAGGCCUUUUACUCGUACUGGGCAGAACCUGAAACUAUCAAGAAUCUGAAAAGAGGCCUUGUCAGUUUGUUACAGUUUCAGCUCCACACUGGCAAGGUUGUUGAGAAUGAUGUGUCUGGGAGAUGCUCAGUUCAGUAUAAAGCAACUCAAGGUCAAAUAAUAAGAACCAAGCACCUGGAGACAUGCAAGACUUCAGACAGUGGAUUUACCACACAUAGUAAGGUGUUGGGUGUGAGCAAGAAGUCCAGCUCUGUUACAGUGUUUAAACUCAAAGAUGGCUUCAUCCAAUCAGCCGAGGCCGAAGAAACACACAGCCUGGCUGUGAAUUCUCGCAGAUCUGCUGCAGCUAAAGUUGUGUCCAGGCAAACCCUUGUGUUGACUGGUACAGAGGCGGGACCAUUCGAGGCUGCUGGGAAAGAUGUUGCUGGAGUUGUCAAGUCAAUUGAUGGCAAACUGGCAGCUGUUGGUAUUGUUGCUGAAAAGGUCAAAUCCCAGUGCAAAGGCUGUCCAUCACUUCUUGAACAUUGGCAGGCUGUACAGAAGCAGCUGGAGCCAGCGAGCCUGUCCAAAGCCACGGCUCCUCGCARCUUCCUGGCCCUCCUCCAGAGCAUUAGGAAGGCGUCCAAGGACGAGAUCCUCAAAGUGCUGAAAAGUGCCAGCAAGACAUCUCUACCUCAGGUGGUGGACGCUGUGACUUCUUCUCAAACCCCCGCGUCUCUGGAUGCUAUGCUUGAGUUCCUUAAUUUCACCGAAACCAAGAGUUUGGUUCUGCAGGAGAGGUUCCUCUAUGCGUGUGGUUUUGCCUCGCAUCCCAACGAGAGGAUGCUGCAGGCGCUGCUGGAUAUUUAUGAAGGAAAAAUUGGCAGCAAAGACAUCAAAGAAUCAUUGGUGAUCAUCAUGGGAGCUUUGGUCCACAAGCUGUGUCUGAAAGGAGGCUGCAAUUUGCCAUCAGUGAUGCUGGUGAAAAAGAUGAUCUUAGAAGGUCCUGAUAGCACAAAAGAUGAGUCAGAAGUCCAGAUGUACCUUCUGGCCCUGAAGAACUCCCUGCUGCCUGAGGCCAUUCCCAUCUUAAACAGAUUUGCUGAGUCAGAGGUGGGGUCUUACAGCACCAUCGCCCUGACUGCCCUGCAGAGAUAUGAUGUCAGUCUCAUAAACAACGAGGUUAAACAGACAGUGAACAGGGUUUACCACCAGAAUCUACGGAUCUACGAGAAGAAUGUGAGAGCUGCUGCGGCCGACGUCAUCCUCAGCAGCAACCCCUCGUACAUGGAGGUGAAAAAUCUGCUCCUGUCCAUCGGAAACCUGCCACAUGAAAUGAACAAGUACAUGCUGUCGAAGAUCCAGGACGUACUUCGCUUUGAAAUGCCRGCCAGCAAGGUUAUCCGACAAGCUCUGAAGGACAUGAUUUCCCACAACUACAACCGCUUUGCUAAAGUUGGGUCAUCGUCUGCCUUCUCAGGAUUUAUGGCACAAUCGGCUGAUCUGACCUCCACAUACAGUUUGGACAUCCUGUACUCAGGCUCUGGGAUCCUGAGAAGAAGCAACAUGAAUAUUUAUGGUUCUAGUAAUGGAGCAAUGCUGCACGGACUGCAGGUGGCGAUUGAGGCCCAGGGUCUGGAGUCUCUGAUUGCUGCGACGCCGGAUGAAGGAGAGGAAGACCUGGAGUCGUUCGCCGGUAUGUCCGCUCUGCUGUUUGAUGUCCAGCUGCGACCCGUCACAUUCUUCAAGGGUUACAGUGACCUGAUGUCCAAAAUGUUCUCCAUGACUGGCGACCCCAUAAAUGUGGUGAAGGGACUGAUCCUUCUCACUGAUCACUCUGAGGUCAUACAGCUGCAGUCUGGUCUGAGGGCGAGCGCAGAGUUUCAGGGAGGGUUAGCCAUCGACAUUUCUGGAGGGAUGGAGAUAAGUCUGUGGUACAGGGAGUCCAAGACCAGCGUCAACAACAGAGGAGCAUUAGUGUUCACUGGUAAUAUAACAGUGGACAUGGACUUCCUGAGAGCCGGUGUGGAGGUCAGCUUUGAGACAGAGGCGUCGCUGGACUUCAUCACCACAGUGCAGUUCUCUGAGUACCCCUUCCUGGUGUGCAUGCAGAUGGACAAGGCUACCUUCCCAAUCAGGGAAUACCUGUCCAAAUAUGAGAGCGUGUCGUCAGGGAGGAGCAUCACGUCCCAUAAGAGYAAAAAGCAUCUGGUACCUGGCUCUGAGUUCCCUCUUCAUCAGGAGAACUCAAACAUGUGCAAAAGAGUUUUUGACUCCAACUGGUAAACAAGAGACUUUGAACUAAUGCUACCAUUCAGGGACAGGUGGGAAUAAGCUCCUCUUUAUUUCUCAAGUAGUGACAGAUCAUGGAGAUGAAAUGUGGUGAAUUUUUAUUUUAUUUUAUUUUUUGUGACAUAAGUGUUUACAAUGUUUUGUUUAUUUAAGUCAUUUUAAUUAAAUAUUUCGUUUUAAAUCAGGAACUCUCACCAUGCGUUUCUAAGGAUUUUUUUUUUUGAGAACUGUAUUUAUGACUGGCACAAACUGUAAUGUAUAUUUUGAUAUGUAAUACUCACCAUAAAUAAUACCAUUGAUUAUUUUUCCCAUCACUGUUAAGGAGGUACAUGUAAAUAUCACACUGGAGCCCCAUUUCAACAAUACUCUUUUCUUUUGUUUAUUUUAAUCUGUGUGUCAAAGAAGGAGCAUUUUAUUUCACUGUAUCACUGCUCAAACAUGUAAAAUAAAUUGGAUUUUAGGAUGAUUGUAUUGCUCAGUUUCUCCUUUUUCUUUUUUAAUCUUGUUUUGUUGUUCUGAUAAAAAUAAAACAAAUUGUGUACUUUUUUGUAAGAAAAUGAGGAAACAAAGGUGAAUCAAUUGAUCUUUUAAUUUUAUUUACAUAACUGGGAUUUCUGUAUGUCUUAAAAAGUCUGAGAAUUUGAGCAACUCUGACCAAGUUUUCCUUAUACUGUAUAGGAUUCUAGUCGAUUUGUUCUUGACUCACAAUAAAUGUGCCCUGAAAACAU